AUGAGAGAAGAGAGGAUGCAGCAAGAGGUGGAGACCUUGUGCUCCUCCACCGUGGGCAACCCCAGCAUGCACAGGGAGGCAGGAACCCUCCUUGUGGACCUAGAGACCCCAGAGGAAUCGCCAACCCGGAGCAGGCCUGUCAAAUCCUCAAAGCAGUACCUGCGCCAGGUCAUUGCAGAAUACGAGGCGCUGGACCGAGAGCUCCCGUGCAUCCGGAAGUUCCCCACACCACCCGCUGCCCAGCCUCUCUGUCUGUGCAUGGAGACCUCACCAGAGGAGGACCUUACCCACCUAGAGGUGCUGGAGGCUCUGGAGGCCGAGUUACCCGGCGCCAUGGAGAGCGGGCGCGUGAGCAGCAUCCGCUUUGAAAAUAUGAAUGUCAUCUGUGGGACUGCGGGGCGCCGGGACAGGUGGCUCAUCACGGUCACUGACUUCCAGACUCGCUCGCGUCUGCUGCGCUCCGGUAUCCGCCUCCGCGGGAACGCACACCCGCUGGUGCGCCACGACGAGCUGCUGUUGGCGGAUUACCGCCUGCACCUGCGCCGCUCCCAUGUCCGGCGGCGCAUGCUCGAGGCUCUAGGGGCGGAGCCGACCGAGGAAGACUAA